GAGAGAGGAACGGGAUAAAAUUUUGAGAAUGAUCUGGGCGAACUGUUGUAGCACUCUGUUUUACCGAAAAACUUAUUUGCGUACGGAAGCCGUCAGUGUGCAGAAACGGUUGUUCGAAGACACGAUGAGUGAUUUGGACGUUUAAUAUCAACAACGGAAAGAAACCAGGAUUGGUUCAACCAUACUCAGGCUGAUGGUUUUCAGUCACCAUAAUCAUGUCUUUCAGACGCUUCCUACGCGCCACAGGAAGUCGCAGCUUGUCUGCCAAACCUCGGGAUGAGGACAUUGAGGAUGAAUGCGCCGGGGAGGUCACGGUUCACCCGGAGAGCCACAAGCCUACAUGUGUCUGGGAUGCCAUGAAGAACCGGUCCUCCACGGUCUGUAGAGUGGUCCAGCCCAUCAAUCCAGACAUUCCCAUACCCGAAGGGGCCGUACGCUUUGUUUGUAUUUCUGACACACACAACCAAGCCGCCCGUCUUCUCCCGACAAUACCCGACGGUGACAUCCUUAUUCAUGCGGGCGACUUCACCAACAUUGGUCGCCCCAGGGAAAUAAAGAGAUUCAACGAAUUCUUGGGUUACACCAGGUUUGUCUGCAUCUCGGACACGUUUUCGAGGACAAGUCACAUGGCCAAGAUACCAGAAGGUGAUAUCUUGAUCCAUGCCGGCAAUUUCAGCAACAUUGGUCUGCCUAGGGAGGUUGUAGCCUUCAAUGCAUUUCUGGGUCAGUUGCCUCACAGGCACAAGGUUGUCAUUGCCGGCAACCACGAAGUGACCUUUGACCGGCAGCUAAUGACAGAGCAGAGCAGCCACGUCUUUAUGAGCUUUGCCACGGCGCUGCAAGAAGUCAAACAAGAAGAUUGGAAGCACAUCCCCUCGUUGCUUACCAACUGCACCUACCUAGAAGAUGCCGAGGUCAACAUUAUGGGAUUCCGUAUCUACGGGUCGCCAUGGCAACCAGAGUUCUGUGACUGGGCUUUCAAUUUGCCAAGAGGUCAGCCGCUACUUGACAAAUGGAACCUUAUUCCAGCGGGCAUUGAUGUGCUAGUCACGCAUGGACCACCAUUAGGUCAUGGGGAUUUGACCACAUCCAAAGAGCGAGCGGGCUGCGUGGAACUCCUCACUACUAUCCAGCGCCGGGUCAAGCCCAAGUACCAUAUCUUCGGACACAUCCACGAAGGCUACGGUGUCACCACCGACAACAAAACCACGUUUAUUAACGCCUCCAUCUGCACAGUUAACUACAGCCCCUCCAACAAGCCCAUCGUGUUUGAUCUCCCUACACCAAAGGUCCCCAACAUGGAGGCAGAGACAUCAGUUUAACCUUUUCACCUCUGUUGAGGCAGAGUUACAUGUACGUCAUUUUAUUGACCCUUGUCUGACCUCAGGUUCUGUGACCUUUGAGAUUAUGAUCAAUAGGGUCUGUUGCAAAUCCUUUGUAUUGUUAAUAGAUGAUGUAAAGUUAAUAGAUGGUUUAAAUCUUGAAAAAAGUAGCUGAUUACAUUAGGGGCCUGUAUUGCACGAUCUUUACAAUUUGGUCUGGUUUUAUAAUUAUUUAUGUGGAGGCAAGUCAUGUGACUUGCAUAGACUAAUUAAACGUAAAUAUGCAAGCUGUACCAUCUCGUUGCUAGUAAGCAUUGCUAAUUUUCUAACCCAUGUUGUCAGGCAACAGUAAAGUGGUUUUUUGUUACCAAUAUUUGUACUAGUUUCUUAAUACUUUUAUGAGAAACCGUGCUACGAUCAGAUUUGUUCAACCAAACAAAAAAAGGGGGCCAAAAUGUUUUAGGCAAUAAAGGCAAGCUCAGUGAUGUUUCAGCAUGCUGUGCGAGAGGUAAUGAGGUAUUGAUUAUGACUUUUUGUAUUAGCGUCAGUGCACAGAUGAAAUAGCGCUACUUUAGGGAACAUUAUUGGACAAAUGUAUUUGAAGUGCCGAAAUUGGUGGGUUGAAUUUGACUCCCUUUUUGGCCGUAUAUGCCUGUGACUUUUUCAAAACGUUUUUUAAUACUUUUUUUAUAAAAGUUUGUUCUUCAGAGUUAUCAAAGACAUUGAAAUGAUAGCCAUUAAAAAGUACACACAUGUAAAAGCACUGUAAAAUCUUCAAUUGCAGAUGAAAUUAAACGUUGCUACAAAGCCAUUUGGAUACGAUUUGAACCGUGCAGAAUCGAGAAAGCAAUUGUUUCUGCAACAGCAUGCAGCACAUUAGCAAAAUUAGGAUAUUUGAACUGUUGUCUCUGUUAAACCCUGAUACCUCUUACCUUCGGGUCACAUCUGUUCUAGCAGGUGAAACCGAGGAUGGGCUCUCAACUACUGGUUUCUACUGACACUUUCUGAAUUUUAUGGAAUGCUCCUAUUCCUGAACUUUCAGAUGCAAAGACACAUUCUUGACACAGUUGUCCUAUCAGUCAAAACGAGUCAAAUUUCCCAUAUGUGUCUGUGUACUGGGGGAAAUCAAGUGGAAGGAAUUUUUGACUGUUUUUGACGGUUACAGCAAAAGGAGGGUUUUAAUCUAAAAUACUGUUCGCUGUUGAAAGUAGUGUGUGGAAAAUGUUUUGCAGACAUUCAUUGGUUGGUGAUGCAGAUACUGUCAAAGGACUUUUUGUACAUUCUUGUUUUGUUGUUUUGUAGCUGUGGUGAUGUUUUAUACUGCUACUAUUUUACAACUUUUGUAUUUUUUCAGAGAAACACAGAUUUGGAAAGUAUUACUCCAAGUUGCUUCCAGAUAACUUGAUCAAGUACCUAGAUGUUUAACAAGAAAGCUGUGCAUGAAAUAUUGCGUGGUGUGAAGUCACGGAGUGUUGAUUACAAUUUAGAAUUGGGUUGACAAGGGUCAUCCUUUGGAUUUUCAUUGAGAGAGCAAGUUCUGUCAAAUUCAGAUGACCUCUGCAGAGUACAUUUUCUGGUGGUCACAUUCUUUGAUCAUUACCAGCAGAAAUGGUGUCAUACAAAAUGACAUUUUAACCUUGCCCAAAUCUGUUGACCAUAUAUCAUUGGUGCAGACAUGUUUGAUAGUACAAUUAAUGUGUUCAAAGCACUCCUGAAAACUUUAAAACUAAAUAUUACUCGCAAUUAAGGCUUCUCCUUUUUUUAUAGAGUGCAAUACAUGUUCGUCCGUUGACAGUGCAAACAGCCCACAUCAAGUCAUUGGUCAUUAUUAACCAUUUUUAGGCCAUCAUGUACCAUACAAAAGCAGCUCAUCUCAGUGAAACUGUGAACCUAGAGUUUAGAUGUGCAUCUAUAUGUAUAUCAGCCACAGUUCAUGACUGCCAUGGUGUACAUUGCUUUUUGUACCUUGCCUCUCUAUUAGUGAAACACAUGCACAUGCAUGGACUUUUUGGAGAACACUGAAAAAACUCAGCUUGUUUGACGUGCUGGAUUUUGAUACUUGUGAAUUCCCAGUUUUGUGAAUGCACUCAGUGAUAACUUGAAACAAGACUACCUUAGAGGCAAUGAGCUAUGAAUAGAUUCACCAUUGGGUACAUGUAUCUCAUUAAAAACUCAUUUAUGAUUGCUUCUCUUUUUGCAAGUAACCUAACUGGUACAUGUGUAAACCUGGUUUAAAUUCACAUCAUACUGCACACAUGCUUGAUGGGUAGUAUUGGGAGCUUAUGAGAGUAAUGAAGUAAAAAUUCUCCACAACUCAGUCCUCUUAAUACGGUGUUCUUUCGAUGAAAAAAUUGUGUUGCGUUGUGCCGACCCGCUAUGCUACGAUGGUUCCAUUGAGCGGUGCCAUUGCGUUGCUUCUUUUGUUGUUACUUUUAUGCUGUUUUUUGUGUUGUGUUGUGGCAUUGCGUUGUGGCAUCGUACUGUUUCUUGAUGCUGUCGCGUCUUGCCCUCAUACCGUUGCAAUGUCGCAUCACCUGUUAUUGUAUCGUUGUGGGUUAGGCCGUCAUGUCCUGCCAUCAUGUUGUCGUGUCCUGAUGUCAUACCAUCGCGUCAUGUCAUUACACUGUUGUGUCGUGCUGUCACAUCGUGUCAUCUGUCGUAUUGUGCCACCGUACCUUACUGUGUUUAAAAAAGGGCUGAUGAUUAUCACACCCAAUAAAGGGCGUAUGUCACAAGUCAUGGGGAAAAAAAGUGUGGGUGCACAUGGUGCAUAGGGUUCUACAAGAUGUGAUCAUGUGAUGGUAUCUUUUGGUAUGGUAUUGGAACUGCCUUCCAUCUCUUAAGACGCCCUCUAUUUCCACCAGUAAUGAGGCAACGGUGAGAGUACGAUGUGACAGCACGAUGCGAUGGCACGAUGCAACAGCUAAAGGGCACGACUUGAUGGGUCGAUGGUACAGCAUAACAGGUUGAACGCACAACGUGACGGCAUGAGAUGGCAUGACGCAAUGCCGACAGUACGAUGGCACGAUGCUGCGGCAUGAUGGCGCGACAUGAUGAGGACUUAGGGCUGUCACUGUUUUGUCGUCUGUAAAACAACUUUGUCCUUGCUAGACAGUAGUAGCUGUUUGUCACACUCUGUAAAAAAAUUUAUCCUGCCUUUAGCCUCCACAUCCGUGCACAGAGCAGACAGAACUGCAAGCUUUAUACCAGAGGAAUAAACUUGACAAUUGUUUUGCAGUAUUAACGACAUUUUGUAAAGUAAAUAUAUGAAGCCUUACAUUGUUACAAAUCGCUGUGAAAUUAUAACUCCCUCGUCUAUUUUCUAGUUUAUCAAAUAAUAUGAUAUCCAUCGAUAUGUUCAUGUUAUAGCA